UCUCCGCACUGGGGAGGGGGCGUGCGGCUGCGGUCCCUCUGCAGAGGGCUGCGCGCUCCGCGGCUUCCGGAGCUCCCCGUUGUUUGGGCCCAUGCGCCCCGACCUCGGGAGCAGAGCUGGCCCGAGACCGCGACGCUCUGGGUAAGUGGAGGCAGGACCAGAGGCUCUGGGUCUGGAUCGGAUGCACUGAGUCCCUAGUGGGCAGGUGACGGCGGCGGCAGAACCGGGGUCCGGGUCACCAGACAGCGAGGGGCGCGGACUGCAAGGUCGCCUGGUCCUCAGGCGUCUCCAGGUUGGUCUUUGAAUAGAGGAGAAGUUUACCCAGGAAAGAGCUUUCAUUCCAAGGGGAAAUUAAAGGAAGAAAUCGCAAGCAACAGACAAAUAAGGCAUUUUGUCCUGAAGAAGCCGCUGAAACAGCUGUGGAGUGAAAGGGUGGACACCCGGGAGAAGCCGGGCUUGGUGUGAUAUUUUUGUCACAAAGGACUUCAAGAAGAAGAGAGAAGACACUCCUCAGAGAAUGAAAGAGUCUAGCGUGAAAAUGGAGAGCGGAGCUUCUGAGAUUCAGAUAGAAACGAAGGAUGAAAAGGACCCAGGGGCUGUGUGUCCUCAGAAAGAGAGGCAGGAGAGGAACAGAGCCACGCUCUGCUUCAAGAGAAGGAAGAAAGCAAGCAAGAUGAAGUCUAAGGUUGCUUCCAAGACUGCCGAGGGGACCAAGACACGUCCCCCAGAAGCCGGGGCCUCUGAUCAGCCACAGCCAGCCGGGGCCUGGGCCUCCAUCAAACGCCUUGUGACACCUAGGAAAAGGUCAGCGUCUUCGAAGGCGCAGAAGCCAUCUGCGGCUGAAGAGCAGCCCGAGGAUGCAGCUCUUCCUAAGAAAAAGGCAAAAUCCAGACUUAAGAUUCCUUGCAUAAGAUUCUCAAGAGGGGCAAAGAGAAGUCGUCAUUCUAAACUCACGGAAGACUCAGACUACAACAUGGGAGUCCAGCAGAGAGGGGCUGAGGAUUUGGAGAUAAAAACCCAGACCCAGCCGGCUGACCAGACAAGCCAGGCUAAGUCCACACAGGGCCCACAGGAAGGUGUGUUGGUGGAAGAGGGUAAAGAUGUCCAAGAACCGCAGGUCAGCCGCAACAUCACAUCUGGAGAGAAUGUGAUUUCCGUAGAACUGGAAUUAAAAGAUGAGUCUUCUGCUAUUCAGAUGGGAACUCCCGUGCUGGAAAAGGAAGCUGAAGUGAUUAAGGAAAAGCCAGGUGUACAAGCGCAGCAAGCAAGUCCACUUGAGAGUUCAGAAGCAGACAGCACCCGUCCAGUGGCUUCUCGUGUUCCUGCCUCACCAGCCACCGCGUAUGAACGCGGUGUGGACAAACCCAGUGACAGCAUCCGAGACCGUGCACCCAGUGCGAAAGGUGACAGAAGUAGAGAAGGUGCUGCUGGAGAAAAGAAAGCUAGUGACAUUGUGCAGGGCCAGGUGGAAGAAACCCCACUGAGUCAGGCAGAGGAAGCUGCUGUCAGCCAGGCAGACAAAAGUGCUUUGUACCAGGCAAAGGAAGCUGUAAUAGCCCAGGAAAAGGAAGUUGUAGUGGCCCAGGAAAAGGAAGUUGUAGUGGCCCAGGCAGAGGAAACUGUAGUGGCCCAGACAGAGGAAGCUCUCGUGGCCAAGGCAGAAGAAACUGUAGUGGCCCAGGUGGAGGAAGUUCUUGUGACCAAGGCAGAGGAAGCUGUCGUGGCCCAGGCAGAGGAAGCUCUCGUGGCCAAGGCAGAAGAAACUGUAGUGGCCCAGGUGGAGGAAGCUCUUGUGACCAAGGCAGAGGAAGCUGUCGUGGCCAAGGCAGAGGAAGCUGUCGUGGCCCAGGCAGAGGAAGCUCUCGUGGCCAAGGCAGAAGAAACUGUAGUGGCCCAGGUGGAGGAAGCUCUUGUGACCAAGGCAGAGGAAGCUGUCGUGGCCAAGGCAGAGGAAGCUGUCGUGGCCAAGGCAGAGGAAGCUGUAAUGGCCCAGGCAGAGGAAGCUGUCGUGGCCCAGGCGAAGGAAGCUCUCGUGGCCCAGGCGAAGGAAGCUCUCGUGGCCCAGGCGAAGGAAGCUGUCGUGGCCCAGGCAGAGGAAGCUGUCGUGGCCCAGGCAGAGGAAACUGUAAUGGCCCAGGCAGAGGAAACUGUCGUGGCCCAGACAGAGGAAACUGUCGUGGCCCAGGCAGAGGAAGCUGUCGUGACCCAGGCAGAGGAAGCUGUAAUGGCCCAGGCAGAGGAAGCUGUCGUGGCCCAGGCAGAGAAAACUGUAGUGGCCCAGGCAGAGGAAGCUGUAAUGGCCCAGGCACCAGAUCUGAAAGAAAAUGGAAUUGAUACAGAGAAACCCAGAUCAGAGGAAUGCAAAAGAAUGGAGCCAAUUGCUAUUAUCAUUACAGACACUGAAAUCAGUGAAUUUGAUGUUAAGAAAUCUAAAAAUGUCCCUAAGCAAUUCCUAAUGUCAAUGGAAAAUGAGCAAGUAGGGGUUUUUGCUAAUGAUAGUGAUUUCGAAGGGAGAACUUCAGAACAAUAUGAAACACUGUUAAUAGAAACAGCCUCUUCCCUCGUCAAGAAUGCUAUCCAGUUGUCUGUAGAACAGCUGGUUAAUGAAAUGGUUUCCGAGGAUAAUAAAAUAAAUACUCUGUUACAGUGACUUCAUUCCCAGAUCAUGGGAAAGGAAAAAAAAAACACUCUACAGAUGAAUUAUUUUAUACAUUUGUGACACCUCUUUCUCAGUAAUAAAUUCCAUCUGUGGAAUUUAAAGGUACGGUUCCAACCCAGAAGGGCUGAAGAAUAAAUGAAGUUUAUAAAACUCACCCAAACACCAUCGCUUCUGGACUGGAGGGAGGCAGUCAGCACAAAUCACAGGACGCAGUGACACACAGGAAGGUGCAGAAGUGACCAGCGAUGAGUUCUGUGCUUUGAGGAAGACUACUUAUGGAACACUGGUAUGCUUAGGCUCCCUGCGUCACGAAGUCCGGCUUUUUUCUGACGGGUCAACCCCGUGUAAAGGCGAACGCUGCCUUUGCUUUGCUUUUACAGUAUGUUUUCUCGUGGUGAGUCAGGUGAGAGGGUUUCUAGUCCCGCACAAGCUCCUUCCAAAAGCCAUUCCCAGGUUCCUUCAGCCAGGCGAGUGUUAACAAGUGUGUAAGCGUGGCAACCGGGAGUGUGUUUUCUUCUCACCCCGUCUUCUGCCCAGCAGACUUGUAUAUACCCAUCUCCGUGUGGACUGUCUGCUGAGACAUUAGAAGCAAAUACAUAAAGGGAAUAGUAUGUUUCAUCCAGAAGGCAAACUCCCCAGAUGAUGGAGGAUUCCCUCUAGCGGAACGACUUCUGGAGGCCCAGGAAAACUGUAAUAUUCUUCUGAAAGUAUUUCUUCUUGGCCAAACGUGAACUAUGUAUACGAGUGAAUAAAAAGUCAAAAUUCAUGCUAAAGCAUAGGUUUUUAACACCGGUGUUUUUCCGAUGUGUCUAGCCAUGAUAGUGUAACAUGCUUCCCAGCCCCGCGGGUGAGGGUUCAUACUGUACAGCACCCCGCCCCACUCUCUGACCCAGUGAUGAUGUUAAAGGCAGUGCAGAUGGAGGGGGCUGAUGGAGAGCAUCCUCCGGAGGCGGGAGCGCCAGUGGUUUUCAUCUGCCCUGCACUUAACAGUGAUGAUGGCCUGCAUAUGUGUCCAUUGCUUUCUCCUGUACUUUCAGUUUGUAAAUACCUAUUGUGAUCUCUUACAGAAGUAACCAACGUGGCUUUGGAAUUUAACCAAAUGCUGGAUGUUUAGCAAGAUUCUUGGCUUGCCUACCUUUAUGUUUUCAACAGGUGAUGGGGGCAUCAUUCAAUUUAGAACCCCCCCCCAAUACAUUUCUUUUAAUUGUGUACCUUUUAGACAUGAAACCAAAUCACUGCUAAAUCAUCUUUGAGAGAAUAACCCACUGUACGGUGCUAAUAGACUUGUAUAGCUACCAGCAAAUAUGUUUAAAAUGAACAGUUUUAAAUGCCUGAUUAAGGUUGGUGCACUUUGCAGUAUUUUAAAUAAUCCUGUAUCUAUUUACUAUUAGAAUGGCUCCAAGCCAAUAUACUUGCAUUAAAGUUUCUAAUAAUCUCUUAUGAAUGAGAAAAAGCUAUAAAAUAUACAGCACUUAGCAAUUAUUAAGGGUAUUUUAGAUUUGGGGAUCUUGAAAAAUGGAAAGUAACUACGUAAUUUUGGGGGUAAAAAAGUAGCCCCAAGUUUCAAGUUUUAGUGUGUGUGUGUUCCUUAUACUGCUGUUUGAUAAAUACACCUUUGGUUAGGAGCCAUUAUGAUUGAUUGAUUGUUUUUAUAAGAAAAUAUAUUCUUCUUCAUUCUUAA